GCGCACGGCGGCGGCGGCGGCAGCAGCGGGCGGCGCGGCGUCUCCCCGCCCCAUCUCCUGUGAGCCUGGGGAACCUGCAGCUCCGAGCCGCCGCCAGCCACAGCACCAUGUACGCCGGCAACAAGCGGAAAAAGCUCUGGCGGGAGGAGAAAGAGCGUUUGCUGAAGAUGACCUUGGAGGAGAGACGCAAAGAGUAUUCAAGGCAGUAUGUCCCACUGAAAGAUAUUCCAACGUGGAUGGAAGACAUAAAAAGCAAGAAUGAAAGUGAUGGUGAAAGCACUAAAGAAGAAGCACAGGGGAAGAGAAGCCUGAGUGAGAAAGUGUCCCUUUACCGAGGUGACAUCACGUUGCUCGAGGUCGAUGCCAUCGUUAAUGCAGCUAAUUCCAGCCUUCUUGGAGGUGGAGGAGUGGACGGCUGCAUCCACCGGGCUGCCGGGCCCUGCCUCGUCGCCGAGUGCCGCAACCUCAGCGGCUGCGAGACCGGGCAAGCCAAAAUCACCUGCGGCUACGAGUUACCUGCAAAGUAUGUCAUCCAUACUGUUGGACCGAUAGCAAGAGGCCAUCUCACUGACACUCACAAAGAAGACUUGGCAAGUUGCUAUAAAUCUUCGAUGAAACUGGCAAAAGAAAAUAGCAUCAAAUCGAUUGCCUUCCCCUGCAUUUCAACGGGAAUUUAUGGUUUUCCAAAUGAGCCUGCAGCUGUCAUUGCCCUUAACACUAUUAAGGAAUGGUUGAGGAAGAAUCAUAAUGAGGUGGAUCGUGUCAUCUUCUGCGUCUUUUUGGAGGUGGACUACAAAAUUUUCAAGAAGAAAAUGAGCAAGUUCUUCCCUCUAGAUGAUGAUAAUGAAGAAGAAACUGAGAUGCGUGAAGAGACAGAAGGAUUGGAGCCAAAAGGCCAGCCCCCAUCUCCCACAACGUGCAAAGCGGAGCAAUCUCAUGACCUUCAAAAGGAUGCUGAAGGUGGAAGCAGCCCAGAGAAGAAGCAAAACACCGAAGAAACCGAGGGCCAGAGCCAAGAAGCAGAUGAGACGAAGCCUACAGCUGUACCCAGCCUAUCAUCAUCAGAAGAAGCAGAGCUGAGCACAGAUAAAGACUCCCUGAAAGACCCCAAAGGUGCCUCAGAGGACAACCUCGUGCACCCUGUGGCAUGUGAGCAAGAUCAAGCCAAAGGACAAGAGGAUGUUUCUGCACAAGAGGGGAUGAAAACUGGGACAGAUCCCCAAAGCAUGGAAGCAGAAGAGCCAGUCUUGAACCAAAAAGACACAACAGAAGCUGAGAAAUCUUCAAUUCCCAGUGCAGUUGAAGAUGAAGAAAAAGGAGGAGGAGGUGAAGGUAAGAAAGAGAAUUCUGUUUAUUACAUUCUCUUAUUCAUUAUAAAUAUUUUGUCCAUUGCAAGGAAACAUGGAAAUAACACAUGA